UUCCGGCCAUCCCUCACUAGAGUUCAGUUGUACUCUAGAGGUUUCUGGUGAGGCUUCCGGUUCCUCCAGAUAUUCCAUUCCCUUGCUAUUUUACUGUUUUUGUUUUCGCUCCGUUGAUUUUGCUAGAGUUUCAUCUGUUUAAUCUUCUCUUAUAAUUUUCAACCAUGAAUGAAGAAAGAGAAGAAUAAAAGAAGGAAGAAGAAAAAAGGAAGUCCAUCACAACAGUUAUUUUGUUUGUGUUAAAUAAUGUUUGUUCCAAGAAAACAAAGCUCAAACUGUUUUUUGUUCCCUGUUAAUCAUUUUUUGUUCCCCGGCGCCAAAAUUUAGAUUGUUUCCGUUAAACAGUUUUAUUUGUCAUUAGUCUUUUCAAACUAUGUCCCAAGAUUACAAACUACAUUUACUAUGAACCAAACAAAAUAUAUUCUUUUUUUGUUCCAGCAUCGUUAUUGUUUCCUUUUACUUUAUCUUGUUCAACCGCAACAAAAUUUAUAUGUUUGUCAUGACACCUCGCACGUUGCCUUUGCAAAUUGGGCCUCUGUAAAUUGACGGCUCAACGAACAACGAGCGCUCCCUCUACCUCCUCCUGCGGUGAAUUACUUCCAACAGCGCCCAAUUGGCAAACACUUUAUGCCGGUUUUUGUAAUUCGUUUAUUUGAAAAAUGGAUCCGCAUGGGCCUAAAUUGGCCCAGUGAAAACGAAGGCAGAGGCCGUCGAGCCCAUCAUCAUAUCCACAUACGCCAUUGCCUCGUCCUCGGACUCGUUUCGCCAUCGUAGAGGGAAACCGAGCUCCCCACCCAAACCGACCUGUCGAGAAGGAAGGAGGGAAGGAUCCUCCAUGUCGGCGAAAUCAGGUUAGGGUUCGGAGGCAUGCCGCCACCGCCGCCGAAGCGCCGCAAUGGGGAGACAAGUGGGGGGUUGCCGCCGCCGUAGCACCGCUGGAAGGGCCCAUUGGAGGGCGCGGGCUCUAGUGGUGCUGAUGUGAUGCCGCAGCCAAAGCUCCGCGACAAGGGCACUGGUUCGAUAGGCGGCACGGGUCCGGCGGGAGAGAUUCCUCUGGCGAAUCUCUCGAGUGGAGGGUCGUCACGGAAGCAUCAGGCUGUUGCAGGCUCAAUUGCGGGGACUCCACCGAGGCAUCAGGCUGCUACGAGCUCGAGUGCUGCUGCUGCGACGCCACGGAAGCAUCAGGCUGUUACGGGCUCGAGUGCGGGGACGCCACGGAAGCGUCAGGUUGUUGCAGGCUCGAGUGGUGAGAUGCCACGGAAGAACCGGAUGGAGGAGAAAGCAGGUGUGGCCUUGAGUGGGGAGAUGUCACAGAAAAGCUAUAAAAAGGAGACCACAAAACCUUCUCCACAGCUUCGUCAUCACCCGUCAGGCACCCAAAGGGCUCGCCCCAUCACAGACCUACCAGCCACCAGAGGGAAGAAGCACUCUGAAAGGAAUGCAUCUGCUGUCCCAAGGAAACCCCUUCUCACUGGUCAGAAACCCAGAAGAACAAGCUCCAACCCUGGCAACACUACUGCGAAGGAUAGAAAGGAAUCGACUGCCAGCAGGAAUGAACGUUGGACGGAGGAGAUUAUAAGGAACAUACAUGAAGUGGAUUAUGCAAUCCAGGAGCUAAAUGAAUUGGGGUUGGGAGAGGAUAUCAGCUAUGAGGAAUUUGAAGGUUACCUCCAACUACUGCCCUGCAAGUCUCCUGAAGUUGACACUUCUAUUCUAUUGAACCAGACUAUGAGCAGCUCAAUGAACUGCAAGUCCGCAAGAUAUUGUAUCGCAUCAAAUAUUGCAAGUUCGCACGACAAAGCCGCAAGAAUAAUGAGAUGUAUAAUUCUGAGUUGGAAGAUGACCACCCACUGUAUCUUCUUGCGGAGAAACUUGAGUGCCUUGAGGAAGAUGUAACUAAACUGGAAGGGGAUCAGCUCCUGGAUUAUCUUGAAAAGGAGGGUUUACUUAGGCAUAUUGAGAACAGUGAGAUAUUUGAUUGGUCCUUCCUUUACCACCCAACUGCUGGUUUGGAUGACUACCAACGAUUAGUCCCUCACAAUUAUAGUUGUCGUGGGCAUGAAAAUUGGGAUAUGUACCGCGAAUACUUCCAUAGCUAUGAGAUUGAACUAGAAUAUCUUAGGUACUGGAAAGAAUUACUAAAGGAACUUAAG